AUGGCUUUUGCAAAAUGGCUGUUUUCUAACGUAAGGUAUAAUAAAAUCAUUUUGUAUAAUAGCCACGUCAAUUGUAAGAAAAAAAAAACAUGUUCCUAUUUGAUAAAAAGAUACAUAAACACACAAAGAGGUAACGAUAUUGCCUCAUCUGUUCCGAGUGAGAAAGAUAAAAUUUUUGAUGGAGAAGAAAAUAUAAAUAUGAAAAAUCCUUCAGUAAGUGACAAUAAGGUUGCUUGUGAAGAAGAAAGGCAAUAUUUUAUGAAUCAUAAAUAUGUUGAUUUUUUUCGAGACGAGAGUAGAAAUAUUGGUUUGAUAACUUUUAAAAAUAUGAAUGAGAAGAAAAAUAUAUUUUAUAAUUUUUUAGAAGAAUUAAAGAAUGUAUUAGAACAUGUAAAUAACAUUAUUUCGAAUGAAGAGAAUAAUACAUUUUACAUCAAAGAGUUUAAAAAUAAAGAAAAUUAUUUAAUAAAGAAUAUAAAAAAUUGUAUUCCAUAUUAUGAUAAUAAAUUAAAGAUAUUAAUAAUACAUAGUGUUAUGGAUAAUAAUAUAUUUUUAAAUUCAUUAGAUUAUAAUUCAUAUUUAAAAAAUGAUGAAGAUACAAAUGUUGAAAUAUCAAAUACAUUUAGAUUUUUAUGUAAUACUAUACAACAAUUACCUAUUAUAACCAUAAGUAAUAUAAAUGGUUUAUGUUUAAAUAGUGGUAUAGAUUUAAUAUUAUCUACCGAUUUCAAAAUAUCUAAAGAAAAUAGUUUGUUUGGCUUUGAUAAAAUGCAUAUAGGUUUAUAUCCAUAUGGAGGUAGCUGUCAAAAAUUAUUUAGACAUAUCCCAAUAAAUUAUGCCAAAUAUUUAUUAUUAACAAAUAAAAUAAUUAAUGCACAAGAUGCAUUAAAAAUAAAUUUAAUAGAUAUAUGUAUUAAAAAAAAUGAAAAUUUCUUUAUACAAAAUUCAAAUAUAUAUUUUGAACAAAAUUUAUCAAAUGAACAAAUCUUUUCAAUUAUUAAACAAAAUAUUAUAAAUUAUUUCAAAGAUAUUUUUCAACAUCAUCUUUUCCAAAAAAAAAUUAAUGAUGAUAGUUUUAUUUUUACUUUAUUCUAUUCAUUCCAAUUUUUAUUUAUACCAACAUAUAUAUUGCAAAACAUUAAAUUGGGUAUCACUGAAGGAUUGUCAUUUAAUGAUGUUAAUUCUUAUUUGGACUAUGAUAAACAUAUGUUUGAAAAAUGUAUUAACAGUACACCCAGAUUGGAUAUAUUAAAUUAUAUUAAAAAAAAGAAAAAUGAAUAA